CGGCAGAGCGGCGGUCUCAGCCUGUCUGUACGUGUAUGUGUGUGUGUUUCUGUGUGUGUUUGAGUGUGUUUCUGGACCCGAGAUAAAGCCAAAGCGGGUGUUUAUCUCUCCGGGCCGACAUGGCGGUUCCUGCGAGCCGCGCCGAGCUCCAGGUGGACCGGGGCGGAGCGGCCAUGUCCUCCGGGAACAGCAUCGACAUCGACGAGGAAGAGUUGGAGAACAUCACAAAGAAACACCGAGAGGACGACUCGGCGCUGCCGCUGCACUCCCCCUGGACCUUCUGGCUGGACAGGUCGUUACCGGGCACCACGGCCGCAGAGUGCGAGUCCAACCUGAAGAAGAUCUACACCGUGCAGACGGUUCAGAUGUUCUGGAGCGUUUAUAACAACAUCCCUCCAGUCACAGCCCUGCCGUUGAGAUGUAGCUACCACCUAAUGCGAGGGGAGCGACGGCCGCUGUGGGAAGAGGAGAGCAACGCCAAAGGAGGCGUCUGGAAGAUGAAGAUACCGAAAGAACACAGUUCCGCAGUUUGGAAGGAGCUGCUACUCGCCACGAUCGGCGAGCAGUUUGCAGAUUGCUGCGCUUCAGACGACGAGGUCGUCGGGGUCAGCGUCAGCGUCCGAGAUCGAGAGGACGUCGUACAGGUGUGGAACAGCGACGCGUCUCUCGCCAACGAAGCAAAUAUCCUGGGAAAAAUCUACCAGCUGCUCCCGCACAUAUCUUUUAAAGCUGUUUUUUAUAAACCUCACAUGGACCAUCACGCCUUUGAGGGAGGACGCUCGAGACAUUAGCUAGUAACGCACUUUCCUCCUCCUGCCUCCGUGUCGUUUUUAAUCGGAACUCGCGGCCUCGACUCGAAGGCUCAGUCCUCGGCCCCAUCAUGGAUUUUACUCUGCAUUCAACGAGGAGAAGUAAUCGAUCUAUUUUUGUAACUCAGUGACUGAAGCCUUGUUUGGCUCCGGGUCGAGGAUCCUGGAAGCAGCCCUGAAGUCGUGUUGCUCUUUACACUGAGCCGUGUCCUCGGACCUCCUGAGGUUCUCUUCAGUGCUUAAUUCUGUGCCAAAGCACCUCGUCUGCCACCCAGAACCUGAAACCCUUUAGGAGAGAACGUCCCCGUCUGGUUUUUGUCGGAGUUGUAUCAAGUGUGCCUCAGACCGGAGGUCAGGGCGACGUGGGAAUGUGGCACGCGGCUGCCGAUAUUCACAGUGUCCUUCAGGCAGCGAGUCGGAGCCCAUUCCCACACUGCUUUUAGUUUAUUUUUGUAAAAACCCCAUCCUGGAAGGUGCCUCAUGAGACACGCCGCUCUCCCGAACACGGUCCCGGGAUCCGGGAUCCGGGAUCCGGGCUGCUGCGUCGUUCUGGAGACGGACAGCUUGUUUCUGCGCUCCGCUGGCAGCGUUCUGCAGUGCUCGUCUGUACUUGUUGCUCUCGCCAAUAAAUCAAGUACUUUGCUUUAGAGGUUGUCCUUUUAUAACCACAACACACACACACACACACACACACAGAUACACGCACACACACGCACACAGAUCCACUUCAAAGGAUGUCAGAUCACCCUGCUUCCAUACAUGUUUCCAUUCAGUUCAUGGAUUUCAGUUGAGAAUAUAUUUCUAAAAUGUGCUCCUGUCCACGUCUGUGCUGAGCUGCUGCCUCUAACCCUGUUAACACGCCGUUCUUUGUCGCUGCAGCUCAGGCUCCAGUAAUUUAAAGCUUGUGGUAUCUUUGCGUCACGCUGCUUUUUAUAGCUCCACUUUGGACCGGACCGUAGUUACGAGGGGACAAUGUACUUUGUAAGCCUUUCUUUUGCAGUCGCAAUAAAAGAAAGCUGAA